UAAGAUUUUACUUUGCGGCCGUGUGUUUACGGGCUUCCUCAAGUUCGUCUUUGUCUUCGAUUUGGAGUUGGAUCUUGGUGGGGUUUCUUCUCGGCAUUUCGGUUUCUUGGGAAUCGAAGAAGCGACUCAUCAUGGACGUGGAGGUUAAACUGCGGCUUCCUGACGCGGAGGCCCACCGUCGCGUCACCGAAGUUCUGGCCUCAUUCCACGACAGGACCAACCGCCAGGAGAAUUUCUUCUUCGACGGCUCGGCCGGCGAGCUCUCGGCGAGCCGAGCCACCCUCUGCCUCAGAUUCUACGACACCAACCAGCGCUGCGUCGUGAUUCUCAAGGCCAAGGCGGUGCUCGUUGACGGUGUGAGCCGCGUGGAGGGGGACAAGGAGAGACUGAAGCCGCCGAUCGGACGCGACUGCGUGGCGGAUCCGGGAAGGCUGAAGGACGUGGAAUCGAGGGUUUUGGGGAGGGUGAGGGAGGAGUUUAGGCCACUAGGGUUUGUGGGGCUGGAAGGGUUUGAAAAUGUGAGGCGAGUGUACAAGUGGAAGGGGCUGACACUGGAGUUGGACGAGACUGAUUUUGGGUUUGGGACUCAGUAUGAGAUUGAAUGUGAGAGCGCUAAUCCCGAGGACGCCAGGCAACUGCUAGAGGAGUUUCUUAAGGGUAACGACAUCCCCUAUUCCUACUCGGAGAAAUCCAAAUUCGACAUUUUCCGCUCCGGAAAGCUGCCUUAGUGAGUACUUUUCUUUUUUUAUUAUCUUUUGUUAAUUUGUUGUCUGUUUGGAUGGUAUUGGAUGUGAAUUGAAUGUGCGAUUGACAA